UUAAGCGAGACCAAUAAACCGAAACUCUCAGCCGAUGCCCACUUACCCAGUUGCACUUACACCCCAUCAACAUAAACUGGUAAACUAAAAAAAAAAAGUAGAGAGUUAAAUUCAGUUUAGACAGUUGUUACGUAAGUCUUGCAGAGAAAUGAAAGCGUUAGGCCUUGUUGGUGCUCGUGCUCCAACGGGGUUUACAACUUCUUUCCACGAACCUAAGCAGAAGCGUCUUCGGAACAAUCCGUUUUGCGUUUCUUGCUCUUCUUCGUCCAAAACGGUACAAGAACAAGCUAAAACUGUUGUUCUAAAAUCUGAAUACAAGCCCGGAGUGUUUGAUGAUUUUUUCCUCAAUUUGUUCCGCAACAAAUUGGUACAGGAGGUGGGAUGGGACUCACAGAAACCUGGAUAUGAUGGGCUUAUCGAAGUUGUGAACCGUCUAAUGAAGAUGGGUAAAACAAAUUCUGAUACCAUAGAAGCAGCGGUACGAGUAUUAAGGGCUCUGUUCCCUCCAUUCCUUUUGGAGCUCUAUAAAAUCUUUAUAGCUCCUUUGGGAAGGGGCAAAAUUGCUGCUAUGAUGGUUGCAAGGGUCACUGCACUGACUUGUCAAUGGCUCAUGGGCCCAUGCAAAGUCAAUUCCGUAGAGUUACCGGAUGGAACCUUAUGUAGUAGUGGGGUGUUUGUGGAGAGAUGUAAGUACUUGGAGGAAAGCAAGUGUGUUGGCAUUUGCAUUAACACUUGUAAGUUUCCAACUCAGACGUUCUUCAAGGAUCAUAUGGGAGUUCCAUUACUUAUGGAACCCAAUUUUGCUGAUUACAGCUGUCAGUUCAAAUUCGGAGUUCUUGCUUCACCGCAUGAGGACGAUAGUGUCUUGAAGGAGCCUUGCUUGGAAAUAUGUCCGAAUGCAGCAAAACGAAGAACAGUUGCCCGAAAUAUAGAUGUAACUACGUGCCCGAAGACAUAACUUCUGGUCAGGGGCUUCCACAGCAUUGAUGUACAUGGCUUCAAAAUACCAUGCACAUUAUUGCCCCAACUUGUCUUUGAGCAAGGAACUGCAGCUAUGGAUAUUCUUGCUUCAUAGUUGUAAAUUACUUUUUAAGUACAUAUACAAAAUUUAAGAAACAUUCUUGCUCAACAACGAAAGUAUGAAACCUUGAUAGCAUAAA